AUGGCUGCGUUACCCAAAUAUCGUGUUCAGCAAAUAAAACCAUUUUCGAUCACGGGAGUAGAUUAUGCUGGUCCUGUUCUGAUAAAACGUUCGCACGGACGCUCCUCUGCUUCAAUGUCAGCGUAUAUCUGUUUGUUUGUGUGCACAGCUACCAAGGCACUACACCUGGAGCUGAGUUCUGACCUGAGCACCGAGACUUUUCUAUUAGCAUUUACUCGCUUUGUCGCUCGACGUGGUCCUGUCCGCGAAAUGCAUAGUGAUUGUGGCACAAACUUCGUGGGUGCAUCACGAAUCCUGACUCCGUUGAAAACCUUCCUUCACUCAAGUUCCUUUCAAGAUCGAGCACAUCAACAGUUAGCGAAAACGGGUGUAAAAUGGUUCUUCAAUCCUCCCUCGUCACCACAUUUCGGCGGGUUGUGGGAGGCUGGUGUCAAAUCUGCCAAGGCACUGAUUCUCAGGUCAGUUGGCACACAUCGAUUAACCAGUGAAGAACUAAUGACACUACUCGCCCAAGUUGAAGCCACGCUGAAUUCUAGGCCAUUAGGCGCUUUGAGUAAUGACCCGUCUGAUCUCUCUGCCUUAACGCCCAGCCAUUUUUUAACCCUCGAGCCUUCAGCAAAUCUGCCUGAACCCAACAUAGACUCACUUCCACUGUCUAAGAUGCAACGGUGGCGUCUCAUCACUGACCUGCAUCGCCACUUCUGGUCGAGAUGGAAAAAUGAGUACCUAUCCAGUCUACAACACCGGAGAAAAUGGUCUGACAAUCAAGGGAAAUUGGCUCUUGAUGAUCUUGUCCUGAUCAAAGAGCCCACGGCUCCUCUUCAUUGGCCCCUCGGACGAAUCGUAAAGCUGCAUCCUGGAUCGGACGGAGUUUCCCGCGUUGCAACCGUUCGAACUGCAACGGGCCUCCUGACCAGACCUGCUGUCAAGCUUUGUCCUCUACCUUCUCCUUGA